UCGUUACACAAGACAUCCCGCUUGGCUUAAGCGAAGCCGAGUCUCACCACAAACGCUCAGGCUCAGAGAAUGAGAAGAAUACCAGUCAAAUACUACAUUCUCCUCUUACUCUGACUUAUCCGUACACGACGUGGGACUAUUUAAUUGGACCACGUAUCCUUCACACCCAAAUUUCCAAGUACAAGAAACCCACGCUAUCAAAACCUCCCCAAAGAGAGAGCCACCUAAUAAGAAAGAAGGAACUGAACAUACCCGCACACAGCCCCUCGUUAUUGGAGGAGACACACUUCUCUAUAUUCUCUCCUCCUUUCUCGUCCUCUUUCUUCUAUUCCUGUUCUCUUAAAACUAUCGCGUAAAAGGAGAAAAUGGCCAACGCUGCAUCUGGCAUGGCAGUCCAUGAUGACUGCAAAUUGAAGUUCUUGGAGCUCAAGGCGAAAAGAACUUACCGCUUCAUAGUUUUUAAAAUUGAGGAGAAGCAAAAGCAAGUCAUUGUGGAGAAGGUUGGUGAGCCUAACCAAAGCUAUGAGGAUUUUACUGCAAGCCUUCCUGCUGAUGAGUGCCGAUAUGCUGUUUAUGAUUUUGAUUUUGUCACGGCAGAGAAUUGCCAGAAGAGCAGGAUUUUCUUCAUUGCAUGGUCUCCUGAUGCAUCAAGAGUCAGAAGCAAGAUGAUUUAUGCUAGCUCGAAAGACAGAUUUAAGAGAGAGCUUGAUGGAAUUCAGGUAGAAUUGCAGGCAACCGACCCUACUGAGAUGGGGCUCGAUGUCUUUAGAAGUCGUGCCAACUGAAUGUGAACCGUAUGCCUUUGAGCAAGGAGUUCCUCCAUUCAGACUCUUCUUUACUGGAGUGAAAUGUUUAUAGUUUGUGGGAUGGUGAACGUGGACAAUUGUGAUAUCGGUUUCUGAGUUUUUCCAUAAAGUCAUUUUAUUCAUCUGGAGCAUGAAUCUAUGGUUUCUGGUAUAUCUUGUGAUUUGUUAUUUAUAGAACUUAUGUGUGUCAUCUUGUAGUCUUAUGUCUACUACAAGCUAAUAUGUAACUGUUUGCAAGAGGCUAGACGGCACAGUUAGUUCAUUUUCAAGUUGACCCUCUGCCUCUAGUCGUUUACUUUUGGAAUGCUAAUUGGCAUGCUUUUAUUAGUUUUAUUGUCUUGUCUUUUGUUUUUGCAUGACUGAUAAUGAUAUAGCAAGAGAACCAAUACAGUUUUCUGGCAGAUUGUU